AUGGCGGGACUCUUCAAUCUUAGCGGCAAGACGGUGCUUGCCACUGGGGCGACAAAAGGAAUAGGUCAGAGCAUGACCUUGGCUCUGGCAGAAGCCGGCGCGGAUGUGAUUAUUCUGCAGAGAGAUCUUAGCAACACCGAUACCAAGACCAAGGUAGAAGCCUUGGGUCGAAAAUGCACCCUGAUUCAAUGCGACAUGUCUGAGAGAGAGCGGAUCAGCGAGGCCGUCAAAGAAGCGCUGAGCGUCAGUCAGGUCCAUGUACUGCUGAACUCUGCAGGCCUACAACGACGCUUCCCAGCCGAAGAGCUUUCGUACGAGGCUUGGGAUGAUGUUCAGCGGACCAACUUGGCGGCCAUCUUCGCGAUGUGUCGGGAAGUUGGAACUCGAUGGCUGGCCGAGAAGCGGAGAGGCGUUAUCAUUAACGUUGCAUCGUUGGCCGCUAUGCAGGGCGGUAUCAACAUGGCCGCAUACGCAGCGAGCAAAGGCGGCGUCUUACAACUGACCAAAGCGCUGAGCAACGAAUGGUCAGGACGUGGUAUCCGUGUUAACUGUGUCUCUCCAGGAUAUAUCGCUACGGAUAUUAACAAGGACGUUCGGACCAAGCCAGAGUACAAGGCUAACUACGACUCGAUCACCAGUCGCAUCCCGAUGGGUCGCUGGGGUGAUGCUGACGACUUCAAGGGCGUCGCUGUCUUCAUGGCCAGUGAUGCAUCGGCAUAUAUGUCGGGCGAGAACCUUGUCAUCGACGGAGGCUGGAUGGCUCGGUGA